AUGGCGGCGCCUGCUCGGGUCGUGGGCGCCUGCCUGGCAUGGGCGAGCAGCCGCGGCCUGCCGUCUCAGCUGUCAUGUCACAGGAGCUGUGAAGCAGCCCUCUCUUCCAUGAAGAAGGAGGAGCUGCGUGCUCUCUGCUCCAGUCUUGGGCUCAAUCACGAUGGCAGUACUGCUCAGCUCAUCUUGUCGGUGGUGGAAACGAUCGUGGCGAGGAGAGUUCCGCUUCCUCCCGAGUACCCGUCUCUCAACUAUGUCUCAUCCCUCUCAGCCCAUAGCGUUGACGUUCUGCCCUCCUUGCGCUGCUGGAAGUGUGGGGCUUCAGUGGAGCCCUGCGUCAAGAACAUCGCAGACUUCCAAGUCGGUAGCUGGCCGCCGGGAGACAGCAGGAGAUGGCAGAACUGCGAGUCAGUUGUAAUCCCGUCCUUGAUCUGCCAUGCUGAAUGCGCCCGAGAGGAACUCGAGGAGGCGGGCAGGAGGGGCGAAACCGCCCGGCCACCAUCGAAUCAGCAGUCCACCAGGCGCCGCUCUUGUAGGGUAGGAGACUUUGCAACGAUCGUGGGGCUCCGAUGGGAGGAGAGGUGGAUCGGCCUGCAGGAGAUCCUCAUGCUGGAGAGAGGAGGGAGCCUUGCUGACGGCCUCAUCGACGUUCCUACUGGUCCCUGCAUCGAGCGCGUUGCACUUCAGCUCUUGAACUGGUUCUCAAUGUCUUGUGAGUCCUGGGGGGAGAAGAGCUACCUGCCUGCGCGCGUGUACCUGACGAGGAGGACGAAGCUCUGCUGCCGUGGGGGGUCGAUAGUCGGGUUCAUGACCUUCACAGACUCGCCCGACAAACACUUCGUCCUCCCCAGCCUCAAUGCGAUCUUUGUGUUGCCCGGGGCGAGGAGGAAAGGAGCGUGCAGGGAGAUGGUACAAGAUUUUGUGAGAGGGGUAGAGGAGAGGGAGAGGGGAAGCAACAGAGCAAGGAGAGAGGGAGAGGGAGGGAGGGAGGGGGGGGAAGGGGAAGGGGAAGGGGAAGGGGAUUGGAAAGGAGAUAAAGAUUCUGGAGACUCUGCCAGCAACUUGCGCAAGCUGAUGGGGAUCGAGGUGAGGAGAGUCUGUGUGUUUGCUUGCAUGCUAGUUGACGGGGAUGAAGGUCCCGGUAUCGCAGAAGCUCCUCCUUGCCCUUCCCCACAUCCUCUCUCCUGCCACCCUCAAGAGGGUGAUAACAGCCUCCUCCUCCUGCCAGCGUCCUGA